AUGAUCGUUACAUUUUUGUUAUUAUGGGUAGCACUUUUACUUGUGUCUGUAGGAAUUAAACAAGCUGAAAGCAAGAUCUCGAACUUUUCAUACAUAGAAACAGUAAAAUAUGGGGAAAAUAUAUUACCUCAUGUAUGGAACUCGAUCGUCUAUGAUGAUGGAACCAUAGUUUUACGUAUAGUUCGUAAAGAUCCUAAUUUCAACCAACUUAUAUUAAAUACAACAUCAGAAACAAUAUCAAAUAUAACUUGUUUUCAAAAUUUAUUAUCAUUGAGAGUUUUAUAUUCCAAUGGAACAGUAAUUGAACGAGAUAUUGACUUGGGAAUCCAAUCACUAAACUAUUGUGUUUCUAAAAUUGAUGUUAAUUCUAACCUUUACGACGAUCCCAUCAAACUUUAUGCUCUUGACACUAAUUAUGUUUUAGUAACUUAUUAUAAUGCUACUAAUGAGUUUGAUAAUUCUACUUACUCAUAUUGGGGAAUGGUCGUGGAUUGGAAUGGAAAUAAAUAUCGUCCAAUAAAUUUUGGUGCAACGAUAUUCUCAAUGCCAAAUAAGAAUAGUAUCUGUAGAAAUAUUAAUCCAAAUAAAGGAUUUUUACGACUAAGUAUAUCCUCCAAUGCCAUUAAGUGGGGACAAUAUAUCAUGGCUAACAAUGGGAAUAUAAUACAGUUAAAUGCAACUGGAUCAAUUGAUAUUACGGGUCCUUUUCGUAGUACUUUGUUCGAGGCGAUUUCAACAGUAAAUGAAGAUUACGCUAUCAUCUUUGGUAGCACUUUUAAUUCAACAUCUAAUUCGUCAUCUAAUAAUUCAUCAGAUGAUUUGACUUCCAGUGGAACACUACGUAUUUAUCCGUUGGAAUAUGGAAAAAAUAGUACAGGAACUUCUCUUUUACUCUGGCAAACCUCUCUACAAAACUUAACAUUUUCAUAUCUUCGAUGUGCUAUUUCUAAUACUGGUGUAGGUCACAUGUGUACAAUGACAGUAACACAAUCUGUUCAAUCUGAAAAUGAUGGAAAUAUUUUCACAAAUAACAUAUUUUAUAUUAAAGUUACUUUCCUUUCUUCGGGUUCUGCUCUUAAUUUUACAAUUCUGAAUCAUAAUUUACCCAAUGGUGUACCAGGAAAGCUUGAUCAAUUGACCAUUAACCCGUUACCAGGUGGUGGAUAUAUGCUUUCUGCUUAUACAUCUAAUACUGCCGGUGUAUUAUUUUAUGGUUAUCUUUUUAAUGAAACCUUUCAAGAUCCAAUUUCGUGGGAGCUGUCGAUACCUGUUCAAUUAAAUAUUGUUGGUGUAUACACUAUAUUACCAAACAAUUCUUUAAUUCUAGCAUUGAAUGAAAGUGUUGAUACUUGGAAAUUACUUACUGUGGAUUUUCCAAAUUUGUCAAAUUCUCCAUAUGCAUAUUCCAAUUUAGCAAUCGAAUCUACUUAUCCUUCGACCAAUUAUAGUAUGUUAGACAUAACUUCAUUAUCAUACAUUAGUGUGACUUUUCUCAGUCCUGUAGAACUUUCUUAUGGUAACAUAUCAAUAUAUCAAUUCGAUCCUGCUACUGGAAAACAAACACUUCGUCAAUCAACUCCAGCAAUUUUAUGUACUCUCAAUAAUAAUGGUACAACUGUGAAAGUAGAUAUUUUACCUUGCACUUUUAGUGUGCCUGGUGCUAAUUAUUAUGUCAUGUUUGAUAAUAAUUUUGUAAAGAAUUAUGCCUAUAAAGAGCCUCUAAGAGGAUUACGUGGUCGUAUAUGGACAUUUAACACUGGUCUUUUACGCCUGACAGUGAACGGCACAAUGUACCUUAACUCACUUGACCAAAAUCUUCGAAACCAAUUCUUUGACAAUUUAACUGCUGAAAUUUCCCAAAUGAUCCCAGUUGAACCAAACCGAUUAUCAACAAAUAGAAAAUCUCAAAUAGAUCCUUCAAAUAAUAUCGUAAACCAAGAAUUACUAAACCUUGAUAUUAAAUCAACAAAAGAUAAUAAACAACCAAGUGUUGUUACUAUUAUUAGAAUUUUAAAUAGUUUGAUCAAGAAUAAAGAUUAUACCCCAAUAAUAACAGGUCAAAUUACUCAAUAUUUAGAUCCUACAUACGGAUUUCAAGAAUCGCCUAAUUUAUGGGAAAAAUACAUGUUGAGAUUUAUACUGGUAUUUUUGGUCAUCUGCGUUCCAAUAAUUGUUUUCCUUAUAGCUAGACGUAUAGAAAAAACGGGACAUAACGUUGUUGUUAUACAAUUGGGUUUCAUUAUUUUUGAUGUAGUAAUAAAUUCUCUUUUUGUUGGUAAUAAUGGUAAAGACGUUAUAUGGCUUUAUAUUCCAAGUGUAAUUUUUCUGACUGUUCCAAUAGGAUUAAAUAUCAUAGUAGCUUAUUUAAUCAUAGACCAAGAAAAUCACAAUAAAAAAUUUUUCACAUGGUUUAUCAAAUUCGGAAAAAUUACAGCAAUAAUUACAUUAAUCGCAGGUGCAAAUAUUGAAGCACUUACAGUACUAUUUUCAAAUGUCGCAGGAUUUGCAUUUGCUCGAGCACCGUUUAGUUUAAAAGCAAAAUCUAGAAUUUUUUGGUGGUCUUGUAUUACUAUAUUUAUUAAAGAUAUUCCUCAAAUUAUUAUUCAGAUAUUAUAUCAAAAAAACACAGUAAUAUAUGACAUAAUACCUCUUUUAACAUUAAUUACAACCAGUGUGAACUUAGCGAUUAAUGUGAUUAAUAAAUUAUAUCAAGGUAAAAACCGAUUUAGGCAUAAAAAUACUGAUCACUAUCCAGCACCAGAUCUACCAAAUGAUGAUAAUAAUGGUAACGAUAAUGAUAAUGAUGAAAUUAUUGAAAAUAAUAUGAACAAUUUAAAUAAUAUAAGUAGUUCAAAUAAUUCAAAUACUUCGAAUAAUUCAAAUACUUCGAAUAAUUCAAUUAAUUCAAUUAAUUCAAGUAAUUCAAGUAAUUCAAUUAAUUCAGAUAAUUCAAUUAAUUCAACACAAAAAGCAACUUCUUCAUUAUAUGGAAAUCAUUCAAGAGAUACAGAAAGUAGGUAUAGUAGUUAUAAUGGUGAAUUAAAUGUUGUUGAUACGAGAUAUCAUGUUGAUGAAGCGUAUGAUGAUGACAUUAUUGAAGUCGUUGAUGGGUCUUAA